AUGCUGCAUUUGAGUAAGGUAAGAAUGAGCAAGACAAUGACAGUUCAGGGUGCUCAGAUGGUCAAAUUAAGAAAUUUAGGACUUUUUUAUUACCAUGUCUUGUUUCCAAAACUAGGGGGAUUUUGUAUGGGUGGACUCCGGUGGUGGAGUGCCAAUCGGGGCAGAGGUCAAGGUGACGGACACAGGCCAGCUUCAACUGGUGGAUGAUGAAGGAAAGGUAUAUAUAUAUAUAAAAAAAGAAUCUACUUUAGUUCAAACCAGGAAAACCUUUGUUGCAUAAAAGUUGAUGAAAAUUCUUUCAUGUCACACAAACAGACACACAAGAUCAGCAAGAAGACAGAGGGCACCAUCCGGCCCAUGCACCCCACCUCUGUGACGGGUGUGGAGGACAUGAUAAGACUGGGUGAUCUAAAUGAGGCCGGACUCCUCAGGAACCUCCUGGUGCGACACAAAGAAGGCCUCAUCUAUGUGAGUUUCCAUUUCUAGAUUUCACUUUGAAACGCCUAGUUUUUAUGACGUUCAUAACCUGCCGUGGAAAUGCUUACUCGUCUGAGUCUCCCCUCGCUCUGAAUGGCUUGCUAUCUCAGACUUUGCCCUUUCUUUUAUUACUGUGUUAUUUGUCUCCAUAGAGACCAACGACUUUCUGUUUUCAGAGAACAUCCCAGUGUUUCUGUGUGGGUGUGUCUGCAUCACAGCUCAGCAGUGUUUACUCACUUAUCAAUAAGGACCUAUUCCUGCCUAAAAACACUUGUGCUCAAUCCUGCAGCUGAUCUUCCUUUGUCUCUCAUGUUUACACCAUCUAUGACUGUUUGAAUCCAGUGACCUCCAGGACAUAAUAUCUCAUGCAUUGCAGCCAAGACCAGUCUGGGGUUCACUGAGGUCACUGGCCUGAUGAUGUGCUUCACCAUAAUAGUCAGUUUCUGUCCACAUCUGUCCUCUGUGCUGCUGUGCGUGAUAGUAAACAUCCCUCUCUGUUUACAGACGUACACAGGCUCCAUUCUGGUGGCAGUAAACCCUUACCAGCUGCUGCCCAUCUACACCACUGAGCACAUUCACAUGUACACAGACCGACGCCUGGGUGAGCUGCCUCCGCACGUCUUUGCCAUCGCAGACAGCUGCUUCUUCAACAUGCGCCGCAACAAGAAGAACCAGUGCUGUGUGAUCAGGUCUGCUUUGUUUAUUUACAUCAGACUGAGGCUGCUUACAGAUAGUUAAUGCAACAGUGGCAACAUUGGACUGUCUGUUUAAAACAUCAGAAAAAGGGUUAAACCUUCACACACUAUCCAACUUGUAAAAAGUACAUUUAUGGGCAACAUGUCAGUCCUAGACCUUCAUCAGGCAAACAGUGUGUGAGGACAGGAAGAAUAAGGUGUGGCCACAGGCCUGCAGUGAAUUACCACCACAGAAAAUAAUAAAACUUCCUGACUAAGAGGAAACAUAACAUGAAGCAUAAUUAGCAUUUUCAUUUCCUUCCCAAAAGGAUGAAUAAAGUUGUAUCUAAUCUAAGUUAUCUAGCAAUUAAAUGAUAAAACACAAAUUGGGAAAAAAUCCAAAUUAAAUGAACAUGAUUUAAAUGUUGAAUGUUCUUUUAAUCGUGAUUUUUCAUGUUGUAAGUUCUCCAUGUUGUUCUGUUUUUUUGGGGUGUUUCAGUGGAGAGUCAGGAGCAGGAAAGACUGAGAGCACCAAGCUCAUGCUGCAGUUUCUGGCUGCAGUGAGCGGGCAGCACUCCUGGAUUGAGCAGCAGAUUCUGGAAGCAAACCCCAUUUUAGAAGGUACAAGAAAAGCAUCUCUGAAACCUGAUGAGACAGCUCUCAUAAACCAAUAAACUGUCUGUUUUGUCAGGAUCUGAUUUUGUACACUCGUGUUUUUUUCCCCCACAGCUUUUGGGAAUGCCAAAACUGUUCGUAAUGACAACUCUAGCCGUUUUGGAAAGUAUAUAGACAUCAACUUCACCAAAGGAGGGGCUAUUGAGGGGGCCCGGAUUGAGCAGUACCUGCUGGAGAAGUCCAGAGUGUGUCGCCAGGUGAUAAGAUCUGUUUCCUUUAUAUUCUAAAAGCAGCUUUUCAGCAUGGACCAUCAACAGGACUCAAUUUGAUGACAACUGGAAUAAUGAUCCUGCAUUCUUGUUAUUACUUUGGGGAAGCUAUUUGGGGAUCUGCUGUACCUCCAAUGCACAGCUAAGAAAGGGGGUCAGGGUGUGAGAUCAGGAAUGGGCUGAGAGUGCUGGAAAAGGUGGGGUUGAAGUGUGAUUAUGCUCCUAAAACUUUGCUGUAUGGCAGCACUCUCAUAAUGAAAAUGUAAAGAGCUUGUCUUUUCAUUUGAAGGCACCUGAGGAGAGAAACUACCACAUCUUUUACUACAUGCUGAUGGGCAUGUCAGCCGACCAGAAAAAGAUGCUGUCCCUUGGGAGCGCUGCAGAGUACAGCUACCUAACCAUGGUACUAAAUAAAUCUUGAAGUGUCAAAAUUUGAGUGUUUUUAAUGACAGAUUUGACAGAUACAUGUGUGAAUCACAGAUGACUAGAGCUCAGGAGUUCAUGUUACACAUUAGCUUGUGUAAUACCGUCCACAGGGUAACUGCACCAGCUGUGAGGGCCGUGAUGAUGUGAAGGAGUACGCUCACUUCCGGUCAGCUCUGAAGAUCCUUAUGUUCACAGAAAAUGACUCCUGGGAGAUCUACAGACUACUCGCUGCUAUCCUCCACCUGGGCAAUGUCAAAUUUGAGAGUGAGAAAACAGGCACAAGAAGUAACUGGAGAGAUUGCAUUUUUUUGAGACAAUAAUGAUCUUUUUCUUGCAUUAUUCCAGGCACAAUAGUGAAUAACCUUGAGGGCUGUGACAUCCGCAAAUCAUCCCAUUUUAACAUGGCCAGCCAACUUUUGGAGGUAUGGCAGGUUUUGCCAAGUCGAAAACUGAAAUAUUAAGAGAUGAGACAUGCUGCUCUGACUGACUUUGACCUAUCUCUUUAGGUGUCUCCCAAAGAGCUGGAGAAGAGUCUGAUUGUGCGAUCCUUCAUGACAGCCAGAGAGAGCGUGACCAAACCUUUGACCCCUGACCAGGCUUUGGACGGCAGGGACGCCUUUGUCAAAGUAACAUCAGUCAACAGCUGUUAAAAUACUCAUGUCAGACACACAUGCAGCUCAUUGAAACGAUAAUAGAUAUAUGUAUGGAAUGUGACAUUUAGGUGCCUUGUACAUGUCUUAGAGAGUAGAGUGCUGAUAAUUGAUAAUCUCGUCCUCAUGUCAUGUUUUUCAGGCCAUAUAUGGAAGACUCUUCAUCUGGGUUGUGGACAAAAUCAACUCUGCCAUUUACAAAGCGCCUGAAGAUAAAAAAGAGGUCCAUCAGUCCAUCGGCUUGCUCGACAUCUUUGGUUUUGAGAACUUCAACAAAAACAGGUUCAAAAAUAGCUUCAAUGAUACUGAAGUGUUGUUGCUUUGAGAUGAAUGUAAUUUUGAUUUCUUUGCUUUUACACUGUCUGAUUCAUUGCAGCUUUGAGCAGCUGUGCAUCAACUUUGCCAAUGAGCAGUUGCAGCAGUUCUUUGUCAGACAUGUUUUCAAGCUGGAGCAGGACGAGUAUGCCAGAGAAAACAUUGUUUGGAAGCACAUUGACUACAAGGACAACCAGCGCACUCUGGAUGUACUGGCCAGCAAACCUAUGAAUAUGCUGGCACUGAUUGAUGAGGAGAGCAGCUUCCCUAAGGUUUGUAUCAUCCUCAUUCCACGUACAGUGAGACAAAAUGAUAGCAAAAAAAGGUUUAACUUUCAGUUUUUGUCUAUUUCCAGGGCACAGAUACCACCAUGCUGCAAAAGAUGAAUCAGGUCCAUGGGAAGGGCGGCAUCUAUAUUCCCCCCAAGAACAACUAUGAGACACAGUUUGGAGUUCAGCAUUUUGCUGGCGUGGUCUACUAUGACUCAAGAGGUAUUUCUAAGGAGACAAUACAAAGCAUUCCUGUUCCCUGUGCUCAAACUUGAAGUUCUCAUCUUCGUUAUUUUGUUUUGAGGUUUCCUUGAGAAGAACCGUGAUGCCCUCAGCUCAGAUCUGAUUCAGCUGAUGGAGACCUCCACCAAUAAACUUCUCAAGCAGCUGUUUCAGAAUGAGCUGUUGACCAAUACUGUCAAGAGUGUUACUCCCAAGAUGAUCACCAUCACUACGGCCAGCAACAGCCUUCGGGUCAGUGCAGCUUUUACUUUCAGCGACUUUACAGCAAAACAAUGAAAAACUCCUUUUUACUGCAGGUAUUGAAUUAUACUCUGUGGUUUAUUGUGUAUGACAGCAAACACCUGAUACCAAAAAGCGUGUGCCGACUCUGACCGGACAGUUCCGUCAGUCUCUGGACUCCCUGAUGAAAACCCUGACUGUGUGCCAGCCCUAUUUCAUCCGCUGCAUCAAACCCAAUGACUUCAAGAAGCCAAUGGUGGGGACAGGAAAGUGCACUCACUUAAUCAAAUACAUUUUAAGAAUUUGGUAAAGGUUAACCCUCUGUGUUUCAGCUGUUUGACAGAGAGCUGUGCAUGCGUCAGCUCCGUUACUCUGGUAUGAUGGAGACCAUCAGGAUCCGCAAAGCUGGAUACCCUGUACGCUACACGUUCCAAGAGUUUCUUGGUCGCUACCGAGUCCUUUUGAAAAGUUCAAUCUGUGAUCCCAAAAAAGUAAGUUGGAUGUUUAAAUGUGAUCAUUUGUAUUCUGACAUUAACCUCCACUCUUCCUCCUCUUUUCACGAGUUGUUAUCUUGUUUAUUUCGCUCUUUCAGGAAAGCAAAGAGAAAUGCUGUGAGAGCAUUUGUGAAACAGUGCUGGCUGGGGAGGGAGACUGGAAGACUGGCAAGACAAAGAUUUUCCUCAAGGUGCUGCUUUACAUUCAAAUGGAUAUGUUCUGGGGCAAAAUGAUUAGAAGCUAUGAAUCUUGUAACUGAACCACUGCAGUUAUGUCAAGCUGAAAAUCAUGGAUUUAAAUUUCGUGGUAAAAAUUUCCAACAAGUUAUUUAAAUGGAAACUUUUAGGGUCUAUAAAUUCAAACCCAUGUCUAUUAAAGCUCAAAUUGCUAGAUUCUUACAGUUGAUCAAACGGAUCAAACUCAAGCAUCUAUAACUUUUAAAUGAGGACUGCUAGAUGAUUAAACUGAUACAUAUAGAUAGCAGUUAAUCACAUAAUUCUUAUUGGUAAUGUAUGUAUGCUAAUUUGAAAACAGUUUCUAAAUCUAGGUUAACUUGGUAAAAAAAAAAAAAAAAAGAUCUUGGUGACAGUGGUGAUUUUCACGUGGAGUUGUUGUAAAUUAUCUCCUCAAAGACAUUAUUAGCACAUGCCUGCAGACCUGGAGGCUGUAAACACAUGCUACUCAUAUGAGGACCAUAGAUGUAAAACCCUUGUUGUUUUAAGGGUCACCUCCUUGCGCACUUGAUCACCAGGGACCAUAUUUUAAAAGUCUGACCCUAGACCCAACCUAAACCAGGACUGUCUUAACAACACACGGCUCCUAAAGAUGUGGUCCUAGUCUCAAAACUGCAGCCUCCGGCUUAGCAAACACAUAAUACUGACCAUUAAGCUGUUAGAAAAUCUAUUUCUUGUGUCAUCAAGGCCACAGUGACCCCCUUUUCAUGAGGAGGAGCGGGGCUCUCUGCAACGACACAGUCAUCACAGUAAAUACAAAGAACUUUAGUCUUGUUGAGAGAAUUAUUCAGCAAGGCUUAAUUUAUUAUAAACAUGUUAACUUGAGAGCCCUAUUUCUUAUGUUAGCUUUAAAUUAUACUUUUUAUAUAAAUAUUUUUAUUUAAUAUUUUAUUAUUUAUCUAAAGUUCUAUUUUAUCUUUAUUUUUUAUACAUAUUGUUCAUUUGACCAUUACUUUUUUGAACAUUCUGAUGAUGCUAGAAUUUUCAUUUCUUUGGAAAAUCUUUCCAGAAGGAUCAGUAAUAAAGUUGUAUCUAAUCUAAUCUAAUUUAAUCUAAUCUGAUCUGAUCUGACCUGACCUGACCUAACCUAAUCUCGUCUCAUCUCAUCUAAUCUAAUUUGACCUGACCUGACCAAAUCUAAUCUAAUCAAAUCUCAUCUCAUUUUAUCUCAUCUCAUCUUAUUUUACCUCACCUCAUCCAAUCUAACGUCCUUUAUUCCAAAAAAGAUUGUAUUUGUGACACUUAAUGAAAUGUUUAUGAUAAACAGGGUUUAUUAAGUUGAAGUUCAGACAUCAUGAUUGCUUUUAUUGGUCAACUUUCCUUUAAUAAAUCAUUGUGUUGCUUUAAAAUCUGAUCUGAAAAUUAAAAAAGACAAUAAUUCCACUGUUUAUUUUCCAGGACCACCAUGACACCAUGCUUGAACUGGAGCGAAUGAAAGAACUGAAUGAGAAAGCUCUUCUGAUCCAGAAAGUCCUGAGAGGCUACAAAUACAGGUACGAGACAAAAGUAAAAAAGAAAACUCUUGAAUAGUAUGUCCUUUUUUGUAAUUGUAUUUUACUCAUGUAACUUUUGACAAGUUUUAUAUUCAGAUGCCCAGAACUAUGUGGUAUACUUGAACAUCUAACUAAACAAAUAUGGAACAAAGCAUAAAUAACUUUCCUCCUUCCUGUAUUCAGAGAUCAUUUGAAACUAAAACAAAGACAGGUAUAAACUUCUUUAACGUCACAAACUUCAUAUGUUUAUGAUUAAUUCCCUCUAAAGGAGACAGUUCCUGAGGAAGAAAGCAGCAGCCCUUGUCAUUCAGAAAUACUGGAGAGGACACAAAGGAAGAAAGCUUUACAAAGUGGUGAGUCCCUAUUUGAUGUAUCGUCAGCAGUGAAAAUUUAGAGCUGACUUAAAGCUAACUCUAACAUUUCUAAUCUAAUUCCAGGUCCAGCUGGGCUUUGCCAGACUGCAGGCUCAGGUCCGCUCGCGCCAGCUUCACUCCCAGUAUAAGAGGAAACGUGAGGCGGCCAUGUUACUGCAGACUCAGAUCAGAGGAUACCUGGUCAGGAAGGAGUGGAAGCGCAAGAGAGACGCUGUGAUCCUUCUGCAGGCCUACACCAGGGGAGUGCUGGCCAGAAAGGCAGUCAAAAAAAAGAAAAGAGAUGUAAGUCCAAGUUAUACCAUGAUGAUGAUGAACUCUCUUUGUAGCUGUCUUAAAAAUUGUUUGAAGAUCCUGUUUUCACAGGGUGCAGGAGUGGUUAGUUACCAACAACUCCCCACUAUUCAUCCACCAAUUUUGUUCAUUACUUUAACUAUUCACUCUAUGUUAUCAGCUUAUUCAAUUCCUUGCUGUUAUUGUUACUAUAAACCAUUAAAUUCAACAAUAUAUUACACACCAAGACAAACAAACUUCAAAUCUGAGAAAGUAAAGCAUUCAAGAAGGUAUCUAAUAAAUGUAAAAAUAAAAAAAAGUUGAUCCUCUAUGAGAAAAUUAUUUCAUUUACCUAUCACUUUUACUUUUGGCAAACUGGUUAAACUCCUUUACCUUUGUACCCAAACUGUUGUGCAGUGAUCAAUGUGAUGUUGAGGAUUCACAGUUAACUCAAGUCAGAGGAAAGAGUGGCCACCAGACCAACUCAGCUCAGUAAAAGGGUCUGGAAAAGUUCCAUUCGUUCCUUGGUUGUACAGAGGCAUUUGCAAAUGUUGUAAAACCACCUUGAGAAGUGAAAGUACAAAUUUGCAAACAAUAACAUUUACACAGUAGUGUACAGCCACAGAAAUAUAAACAAACAGCAUCAUGCAAAGAGAAGAAACAAACCCGUCUUUCUAGUGAGUGCUGCAAGAGAAAAUGUUGGAUUUGUUUUUUCUGAUGAGAAGACAUUAUUCAUUUUUUUCCCAAAUGGCCAGAAUAGUUGGUUAAAUGCAACCAUCAGCUCCAGAAACUGCCAUGGUUGUGUUUGAACACACUAACUUGUAUGCAGCACUACUGUGUUGUCUUCUUCCAGUGCCUUCCCUAUCUUUACUAAAGGACUGUGAUUGGUUCAGUUUAUCUGACAUUAAAGUCCAACGCCAAUCUUCCUCUCUAUUUCUCACAGUCUGGCCUGCGUAUCAGGGUUCAGGGGGCGGAGCUUGGAUUUAUGAUGUAGGAAAUCUCCCUGUGUCUGGACCUGCCGUUCGGGUCUGCCAGAGGUUCACAGUGAUUUGAAUGCAGAAAUACUCAAAAAUGCUAUUUUGCACUUACUUUUCUCAUGAUAUGUCCUGUAGCACCAGAAAAUUGCCAUAUGAUCAUUUAGACCACAAGAAAAACAUAAUUUUCAUCAGAGUGGGUCUUUAAGGAGGAAAUAUUUCGGAUAUCAGCAAUUCAACAUCCUCCUGCCAGCAAAAAUGAAUCUGAUCUGGCUGUUGUAACACCAUCUGGUAACACCAGGCUGAGGAACCAUCAGAAAUGUACUGAAUGAUACUGUGAUGUCACACAGAUUAAAAUACACUAAUAUUUGUGUGUAGCUCUUUUCCAGAGCUGUUUGUAGUUUUUUCUUCUGUAGCUUGAGUUACUUUGCUUUUUUUAUUCUGUGGGUGUAGUACUUGGUACUGUGUCAUUACUCCAUGGUCUAUUACUUCUCAAAGUGCGCAUAACCAAGUAAUCUCAGUUUACUCUGCAUCACCACAAUGUCAUCAGCAGCAGAAAAUUUCUGACAUUACAGCUUCAGCAAGAUUAUGUAUUUGACAUUUGACUUCUUUACCUCCAAGCCACUGCUGUAAAAGAUAACAAGUUAUUCUUCAGUUGUUUUUUUUUUGUUGUUUUUUUUUUUUAUCUGCAAAGGUUGUAAAAGACAUGCAUAAGGUAGGGCUGAUCCUCUUUGAUGUGUCUUCUUUCAGCUUUACCUGUCGGCCAAAGACAAAGCAGCAGAAGAAAAGGCUGCCAGGGAGAGGCAGAAACAAUACGAGGAAUUACUGAGACAGAAGAAAGAGAGAGAGGCCAGAGCUCAGGCUGAGGCCAUCACUGACACAGAGAUGGUUGAACGCAUGUUUGAAUUCCUGCCUGAAACUGGGCAGGAGGGCCAAGCACCUGUGGGAUAUGAGGUCCGGGAACUAAAACCUUCACCCAUUUCGUCCUUCUUUCACCGUUAUGUAGAGUCUCUCAAUUAAUGUUUAUUUCUGGCAUUAGAAAUUUGAGAAGAUGGUCACAGAAGAGAUCGACAUCGAUGAACUCCCCAUGGAGGAUGAUCUUCCUCAAGAAGACUACGAUGACCUGGAUGAGUACUCCUUCUCCAAGUUUGCUUCCAUGUACUUCCAGGGUGCAGCCACCCCCACCCACAUCCGCCAGAGGCUCAGACAGCCCCUGCUCUACCACGAAGAUGAAGGAGAUGUUCUGGUGCGUCACUCAACUUCUGUUAUUCAUUAAAAACACCGCUCUCAAAUGUACUGAAGGUUUGUUUGUCUCAUCAUGGUGUUGUUGGUUUUUUUUUUUUGUUUUCUUCUCUUCUUUCUUCCCAGGCUUCUCUGACAGUGUGGUGGAUCAUCCUGAGGUUUAUGGGAGACCUCCCAGAGCCAAAGAAGCAGGUCAGAGCCCCAGGAGCUCCAGCACAGGAACGUUUUAUGCCACAAGACUUGCUCUCCAGGAAUGACAGACGUCUUAGCCACAUGGUGGGCCUGGAUCAGGUGAGUGUCUUCACAGAGCAAGGUCUUAAUAUUAUUCUUUACUUAAAAUUCUGUUUGGGAUUUGAAAGCAUCAUUUGUGACUGUUUCAGAGGGUGCUGAGGAAUAAAAAAGAGAGAAAGCCUUCAACAGUACCUGAGGAACCAGCUCCAGUCAAAAGAGGCUCCAUUUUCACAGACCUUCUGACAAGAAACAGAAAAGUAUCUGCAGCGCCAAACCUCACAGCUCCAAACCCAAAGGCGUACACGGUGCCAGAGGAGAGCCCUCGAGCAAGGAAAGGAUCCACAUUUACAGACCUGAUGUUCAGGAACAGGAAAGCCUCCACAGCUCAAGAAAAUGGGAUCCCAAGAUCUGCUCCAGCUGCCAGAAAACCCUCAAUCAUCAUGGAGGAGGUGAGCCUGAAACCUAUUUUUGUCUUCGUGUUCCUGUAAAAAAAUAGUCUGAUAUUCUAGUGUACUGAUGGACUUUUCAUUGUUUCUUUUAGUCAGAGGAUCAGACUGAGGUGUCCAAGCCUCCCACCCUGCAGACUGUGCAGGAGGACAGUGACGUCAUGAUUGGAGAGGGACUGACCCUGGACCGGCCACUCACCAGUUUAGAAAAACUCCACAUCAUUGUGGGAUACGCUAUCAUCAGACGUGACCUCAGGUAAUGAAAACAGUUCAAUACUCACACCCAAGAAUCACUUUUAUGUUCUUCCCUAACACAAUAUUUUGUCCAGGGAUGAGAUUUACUGUCAGAUCUGCAAGCAGCUUCAGGAAAACAACAAUCGCAACAACUGUUUCCGGGGUUGGAUCCUGCUGUCUCUCUGUCUGGGUAUUUUCCCUCCAAGUGAGCGCUUCACAAGAGUGAGUGUGUCACCUACAUGUCUUCAGACUGCAGCUGCAGCGAUAUCACAGAUGCAUAAAAAAUUUACUUAAGCAGAUUUACUUUGAUUUACUAUCCACCACUGGUAGCUUCACCUCCAGGAUACAGAGAAUCAGAGAUUACUGUAAAUUAAGAGCUAAUGCCUCAGCUCAUUUGCCGACCUCUGCUGCCAAUUAUUUAAUGCUGACAAGUACAAAAGCACAAACAUGGCUUUAAGGAAGUGUGCAGGGCUUCUCUUUUAUAUGCUGGUAGUUUUUAUCUGCCCUUCACCUGUUUCAUGUGCUCAUGCCCUCCCUCCUUCAUUGAGAGAAACAUGACUAAUCAAAUUACAUUCAUCUUUUCUCUUGUUACUUGUCUUGACAGUACCUGCAAAGUUUCAUCCGUUCUGCUCCUGGAGAUUAUGCCUCCUACUGUGCAGAGAGGCUGCGACGCACAAGACUGAACGGGAUGAGAGGAGAGCCUCCAUCGUGGCUGGAGCUACAGGUAAUAAGGCUAACACAUGAGACUACUGCUAAGAUUUCAAACCAAUUGAUCGCUUUGAUAAAUUUCAUGUAUUUUUUAGCUGCCUUAAAACUCAAGGCCUAGACUUUGAGAUAUCUGUCUCUUGAGUUUUUGUGCUGAGGUGGCAGCAGAAAUCCCACUGAGACAUCAUUUAGGACCUCUGUGAGAAGUUAAAGAUGUUUUAUGUAAAUCGAACAAACAUGCCCUGCCGUUGUCUCGUCUGCGACAGGCGACCAGGACAAAGCAGCGGAUGAUUGUGACGGUGAAGCUGAUGGAUGGACGCUCUGUCAAUCUGCCUGUUGACUCAGCAUCCACCUCCAGAGAGAUCUGCAUGGCCCUCUCUAAUAAAAUCAAGCUCAAGGACAACUUUGGCUUCUCUCUUUAUGUGGCCCUGUAUGAAAAGGUAUGAACACAUCUGCUUUUGAAUAUGCUCUUUUUUUUUUUUUGAUACUGAUGAAUCCAACUUUUAUCUGGCUUUGAGAGAGGAACAUUGCCCACGAAAAAAUUAAGUAUGUACCAAAAAACCAAAGAAGAAGCAUUAUUUUAUACAAGGAUGAUUUUUUUAACCUCUUUAUCUAAGUCCUUCACAACUCCUGUCGUACUAAACAAACUCAAUUAAACCUUCAAUAACUGAAACAAAGCCAGGAUGUACAAAAGCAUUUAGACUGAUACUGCAAGAGGAUUUAACAGCCAGCUAAAUUCACAAAAUUGGGUGCCUGAACAAGGGUGGCCUGUACCCCCUUUGAAUCUGAUUAGCACCCCAGCUGACACCUCCAAACCCUCAGCUAUGAACUAUUAAGGAGAUACCUCAAAAUCCAACUGGAAGCUCUUUUUUAGUCCCAUUGAAGAAGCAAACAUGACCAGAAAGAUUUAUUCAAUGGUUUGGAUUUUAGGCACUUAAAGAUACUCUGGUCUUUAAAGCUUCUGUAAGUUUGUGUCAAAUCAGCCUUUUCCCUUUUGUCCUCCACGUGCUUAAAGCUCCUGUGAGGAGUUUUUUCAAUGUUUAUGAAACAGACUGAAAUUCACACGGAUGCUUCUCUAUGAUAUCUAAACCAAAGAAGACCAUCAGUGACAAGAUUUAUGAUUUUUUUAUGUUAUUUUUAAUGCCUAAAUCUGGUGUGAGGGGGCAGGUGUCAGCCAGACAGCUGAAUACGUAGACACUUUUUUACAUAUUUCAUUUAAAAUGUUCACUAUGGAUUAUACAUUUGACUGUCUGAUUCUGGAAAGUCUUCUAAGCUGAUAAAAGCAUGAUUGAACUAGUAAAUUGAUGUGCUUCUCCAGAUUGAGGUUGUUAUCAUAUGACAUAAUAUGAAUGCUAAUCAAAGCCAAAAACUCCUCACAGGACCUUUAAAGAACAUGAUUUCAGUCGUUCUUGGUAUUUGUAUGAGCCUUUCAGUUUUGCAGACGUUACGCUCACUCUGACCCGCUCAUGAUGCUUCUCAGCUGAGCUGAUCCAGCUGCUUAAAGGUUAUAAGAUGUUUCAUCUGAGCCAAGCGGUGACUUGGAUUGCCACAUACAGUUAGUAUUUUUUUUUCCCCAAGUGAGUUUUCAGAGAAAAAAAAGACAUAAAUCAACUGUGUGGGCUCUUAAAGUACCAGUGUCCUUCUUCUCAUAGGCCCCUUUCAUCCAUUCACACUUUAAACAAUGAAUCUCUGUAUCCAUCUUUGUUUGCACUCUGUUUUGUACCUUUUGAAGUUAAGAAUGAUACACAGCAAUAUCACAUCUUCCAGGCACUCAAAUGUUAGUUUGCAGGCUAGAAAUGUUUGGUGCAGAUGUAAAAGGAUUCAUUUUCUUCAACUGAUAAUUUGCCAAAGUAUGACAAUGAAGUUCUCAGUCAGUCAAAUCUGAAUAUAGUGCCGGGUUUGUCAGACACUGUCAUGUUUUUGGAAACUAAAUGUCUAUAAGCUGUAUUAAAUUGUUCUGACUCCUGCUUUGGCGACGUUUUUUAACUAUAACCUUAGAUGUUGACUUGUUCUCCAGGUGUGGGCUCUGGGCAGCGGCCGGGAACAUGUGAUGGAUGCCAUCUCUCAGUGCGAGCAGGAAGUAAAAAGGAGAGGAGGCCAAGAGCAGCACGCUCCAUGGCGUCUCUUCUUCCGUAAGGAGAUCUUCACUCCAUGGCACGACUGCAAAGAGGACAAGAUUAGCACAGACCUCAUCUACAAACAGUUCAUCCACGGUCUGCAGUAUGAAGAGUACCGCUGCGAAAAGGUAAGCUCAUGAUUACACGUUUAUCUCUUGUGAAACCCUCUGUUUUCUCUGACAUUUGUCUGACAGACGUUUUCUACCUUUCACAGGAGGAUGACUUAAUUCAGCUCGCUGCCAAACAUUUAUAUGUCUCGCACGGCUCAGACAGCAGCCCAGAACACGUGAAAGAGGCUGUUCAGGACUGCGUCAACAAUUCUCUGCUGGAGGCAAAGUCAGAGGCCAAGUGGGUGCAGAUGGUCAGCACUGCUCAUGCUCAGGUCAGCACCAGGAAGCUCCACAGAGAAAGGCUUUACAUGGGCUUACAGAAGAUCUAAUCCUGACCUCUGCUUUUCUUGAACCACUCCAGGGUUCCUAUUUGAGUUCAAGACAGAAGACCGACUCAGUGAAGGCAGAGAUGGUCGACUAUGCCCGAGAGAAAUGGCCCAUGUUCUUCUCAAGGUUCUUUGAGGUUGUCAAAGUGUCAGGUGAGCAUUUGUUAGUAAGUUCAGAUAAACACAAGACACUCGCACCCUGGAGAAAAAAAAGAAGCAGUCAGUGAAGAAACCUCUCCUGUUGUGCAGUGGCCACAAAAACCCUGGCCUGCUUAUUUUAACUUACAUGUUGAUAACACAGAUGCUAUCUACCUACAGACCUGAGGCUUUUGAAUACUUUAUUAAGGCACUUUUCUGGUGUCGAUAUUAGACUCAAGGAAAAAAAAGUACAAAAGAAAAAAAUCCUCUUGUUUUGAUCUCCAGCAGACAUCAUUUCUCUCCAUCUGUGUAUAAAACAUGUUUCUGGCAUAUCUGAUGUUUUUACUUCUUUAAGGGUAUUUUGCCGUAAGUGAUAGAGUAUCUGAAGAGAGACAGGAAAUGUGGGGAGCAGAAAGAGAGGAAAGACAUGCAGCAUAUCUGAUCUGAUCCUAUAAUUCCUUGACUUUAAAAAGAGAAACUGUUUGGGAUGAAAGUAAAAGCUAAAAUAGGAUGACUCCUUAUUAAAUAACACCACCAAAAAAACAGAAAAAAAAGACUAAAAUAGCAAUUUUGUAUACAGACUAACCUUUAAUUUAAAAUAAUGCAGUUUAUGGACCAAGACGCUACGCUUGUUGCCUCCACUUUGAUGAUAGCUGUGGCUGAAGGCCUCAUUAUCUACGUGACCGUCUGUCUGUCUGUGAAUUCGUCACACUGAUGUGUGAGCGCGAGAACGUCUGGAGGGAAUAUCUCCAAAUCUGGCACAAAGUCCACUUGUCUUCAAAGAUGAGCUGAUGAGAUUUUGGUGGUGAAACAACCACCAAAGGUUAAAGGUCAUUCUGACCUCACGUUUGUCACAUUAACUUCAGAGCAUGGUAUCUCAGCAAAGCCAGGAGGAAAAUUCAUACAUGUGAUUUAUUCCUCCCAUGAAGACAGAACUCUAUCUGAGAUCAGGGGCCUGUUCUACGAAGCAGGAUUACUGCUUAGCGAGGUAACUUCGAGGAUAAGUUCGGGGUUUCCUGUUCUACGACGCGGGUUCACUUCUUAGCGAGGCGAGUCUCCAUAGCAAUAUACGCUGAACGGCUAACCUGCUCCGGGGCAGGUUAAGUUCCAGAUUGAACUCACCGAGCAUAAAAACCCCACCCACUGACCAAUGAGCUCUCUCGAAAAACGGCUUGUCCGUUCUUGGAGGAUCCUAUAGACCUCGGUGCUCGCAUUGUCCGAGGAGCACUCCGACUCGCGAGAGUUUUCAGGGAGAGUUUUCUCCGGAUGACCACCUCUAUCAAAGGCUCAUAUGGCCGACAUAUUACACAAAACAUGUAAACACGAUAGGAAUGAACAAAUGAAUGAUUCAUCUUGGGAAUGAAUGGGCAUGAGCUGCAGGGGCUGCGCGAUCACAGUCAACAUCUCGGUACUAUUUAGUAGCAGCGCACGCCCCUUAUAAUAACCCCCGUAAAUACUGUUGUUCAGGACUGUUACUUGUGCUUCCUACCCACUGUAACAACCGUUGUUCUAGCCCACAUGCAACAUUUUUGUUCUCAUUCAUGAAACGCUUAAAUCAGGGACAUUUUCGGGGACAGCUUUAGCCGGGGACAGAUCAUCCAAUUCGGGGACUGUCACCUUAGUUAAAAGCUCAUGUUGAACAGUGCUAUUUCAGGGUGAUAAUGGCAUCAACGAUUACUUUUCUGCCAGCAUUCCCUCCGUGCUUUUGCAGCGGCGACAGUGUUGCUUUUGAGGUUUGUGAUAGCUUUCAAUUCUUCAUACUUUCUCAUGAUCGUCUCCUGCUCCUUGUUUGUAAAGUCUGCGGUCCUUCACUCUUCAGCCUGCUCUGACGCUCCAGACUGAUCCAUGUUCGCGAUUGGUCAGAUGCGGCGGGCUCCGCCUUAUAUGUGUGCACGCGCUCAUAGCAGAGCUGGAUCCACUUAUGAGGUUGAUAACCAGCGUCGUAAAACCGCUUAGCGAGACCGCUGGCUACCACGCUAAGUUGAGCGAGGUAGCUCCAAGGCAGUGGCGAUUGCUCUAAGACUGCAAGGGAAGCUUGGCUUCCCUUAAAAUGUCACCCCCCCAAAAAAAGAAAAAGUGGUGAAAUACGUACGGCUGUGUGUACAUUUCAUUAACUAAAUACGCACUAGAAAGCCUUCAACUUUUGUUCAGACACUGUGAUAAGAAGCUGAUAAUCACAGGUAACCGGCAUAACUUCGUUCUCAUUCAUCCUCGCAGUGCCUCAGCGCUUUAAACAGCCGGACGCUGGGCUUCUGCUGACUUCAAUGUGGAAGCUUAAAGUGGGUUGUUCCAGCAGCGAAACUAGACGCUCAUUGGAUAAAUGCUGGGCUUUGUCCCGCCCAAUGGAAGCUAAGCUUCACUGGAGUUCUAUGGCGAGAGGGCGGUCCCUCUUUCUCCCGGACUCCAAGCUUCUGCAUUCAUGAUUGGAUGAGCUGUCUGAGGCGAAAUCCUUUUUUGAUUGACAGCUAAACAAGCGAAUCAGCGAUCUUGAAGAAUAAAACAUCUACCAGAGCAUUUUCCAAGUUAUUCAUUCCGUUGUUCUUAACUGCUCCAGAGACUUUACCGAUCCUCAGCAACUUUUGUCUUUGUUAAAAACGACUGCCGUUGUGUUUGGCGACUCUGUUCUGUUUCAUACUAAUAAACAAAUACAAUUAUGAUGUAGGCCAGAAAAAUGAGCUUCCCCUCCUUGAAAGACCAGCAGCCGCCACUGCUCCAAGGAUACCUCGCUAGGUUGAACCUGCUUCGUAGAACAGGCCCCUGUUGAUGAAAAAAUCUACCGUCUCUCUCACCCUGCUUCUGCCUGUUUGUUUUAUUGUUGCAAGAAUAGACUGACAAACACAUGCAACAUUUGGUGUCUGUGUCAAAAACUGGGAUAUACAGAGCUAUUUAUAGAAACACUGUACGGCCGAGAUUAAGACUCAAACACUGAAGAAUAAAAGUGAAUAAGCGGACCAGAAACAACAUUUCUUGCUUCCUUGGAACAGUCCAAAAACUACAAUUUAGGUUUGAAACACUCUCUUUAAAAAGAGGAGCUCUGACACAGAGACAAUGUGUUGCAUCUCUACGAUGUAAAAAGGCAAUCACCACCAUCAAUGCCAGCAUUGGCGAUUUCUGUAUUAUACUUUCCAAUGCCUAUAACUGCUGUCAGGGGGUGGGCACGCUGAAAAAAAAGCCUUUACUUGAAGUAUGCCACAGAAAAUACUCUCAUCGAUUGAAUAGAAGAGAACAGCAAGAAGAGAUUUGUCUGUUUUUCUGGAGACAUAGACCGCUGUGUAUUGCUAUCAUGUGGUCAUUGCUGAAUUUGGUGUAGCUAGAGAAGCAAGCGGUUGGCAACGUUCAUCUCUCAAGGGGGUGUCUAACUCAGUGUUACGGUGUCUUUGACCCAAACUUUGUCCACAGAGGGUGCCAAAGUCAACACAGACACAAAGUUCCUAACAGGAGCUUUAACUUCGCAUGUAAACAUACCGACCACUCAGGGGAAGUACUUUUUGAGGCUCCAGAAAUUUGGGGGGCAGGAGCUAAAGAGAUUCACAUUUACAUAAAGAAAGAGCAGGUCAUUAGUUUACAUAUUUAAGAAUAAUAAAUACAGCUUAUCCACUGUCAACAUGAUUUGUGACAACUUUUUUUUUUAAUUUAAAGGUUCAGCAAAGGCUUAGAUUAAGAGCUGUGCAGGUGACUUCAUCAAACACCUGUGCUGGAUGUCUGGCUUUAGUUGAAUAAUCUGUCAGGAACUUGGGGUUCAGGCCACAGGAACCAUUAGCAAAGAGUCCCUGGUACUUCUUGUCAAAAAAGACUUCAAGUGUUGUCAUAAAUUAUUGCUUAUUGUUCCUUUAAUCUGGGAUUGUUUCAGGUCCUGCACUACCAAAGAACAAAUUCAUCGUGGCCAUAAACUGGACAGGAAUCACUUUCCUGGACGAGAGAGAGAAGCGUCUGCUGGAGCUCUCCUUCCCUGAGGUCACUGGAGUCAACACCAUCAGGUACAGAUAAAAUCAGAGGCCGUAGAUGUAGAAUAAGAAAAUUAUUUAACUUUUAAACAGUGUGCCAUUACUGGAUUCUACUUUGAUGCCCACGCAGGGAAGGCCAAGCGUCUGGACAAGCAGUGAGCCUGCUGACCCUGAAAGGAGACUUUAACCUCAGUGGAAGCUCGGCCGGGGACAUGGCAGAGCUGAUCACGAUGUUCCUCAGUGGACUGACAGAGAGAUCUCAGUAUGCUGUGACACUACGGGAGGCUACACCAGGUGAGACGACUCUAUUUUCCCCUAUUCUCAGGUUUUUACAGCUACAGUUUCUCCUAGUGAGUAUCUUUAAUAACCAGUGCCUCUUUUUUCUUCGUCAUCCCUUUACAGAUGAUCCUGCACUGCUCAGCUUUAAGAAAGGAGAGCUCAUUGUGAUUCUGAAAGACGAAGAUUUUCCUCUGCAGCAGGGCUGGAUAAAGGGCAGAAAUGAGAGCACCAAAAAGACAGGUGCUGUCCCCACUGAUGCCAUCUUAAUCCUGCCCACGCUCAAGAAACCCACCAAUGAGCUCAUGGUGAGUAGAAACAAAAGCACACCGCUCUCAUUAAAGAAACUGUUCCUGAAAUUGUAGAGUAUAAAACAGUACAUCUAUCCCCAAUCAGAGCCUCCUCAGCUUGUCCCCUAACCAGAGGAAGACCAUGAUUCAGUCAAAUAUGAAGGAAACAGGAACAGUGGAGAGGAUGGCUCUUUAUACGCUGAAGGAGUUCUCCCUCGAGUACUUCAGGUAUUUAAGAAAUGCACUCCAUACAAGUAACGGGAAACCUUCACUGGAGCAGCAGCGGCAGAAAAAUCUGUCCCUUUUCUCUGAUCCUACAGACAGCCCACCAAGGACGUGAACCGUCAGGUGAUGUCCAGAAACGCUGCUCCUGAGAAGCUGUGGGCAAACUCCAGGGAGCCAAUCAGACAGCCUCUCCUCAAGAAGCUGGUGGGCAACCCUGAACUCAGCCACAAAGCUUGCCUGGCCUUCACUGAUAUCCUCAACACAGUACACAAGAUUUACCACCAGGACAUGCUUUUGCCCCUUAGGAAGACUUUUCUCUUUUCUUUUUCAAUACACCUGAAUAAACUUGUGAAAAUUAUUCCUCCUUAAUUGCUGUGAACCCAUCCUGAAAUAUAUGGGAGAUUACCCCUCCAAGCAGAUGCAGAGUCCUCUGGAGCUCACUGACCAGAUCUUCGGCCCUGCCACCUCACACGAGGUGCUCAGAGAUGAGAUCUACUGUCAGAUCAUGAAGCAGAUAACCAGCAACAACAACAGGUGCCCCAAUGUUGUUUCACAUUACCAUGUUAUUUCACAUGUACAGCAGAGAGAGGAGAUUUACAGCUACCUUUUUUUUAAACUCAUAAACAAGCAAAUCCCUUUUUUCUUGUUGCUUUAUUAAAUUGCUUUCCUGGCUUCAACAUUGAUCCGUGUAAACUAGGAUGGCAAAAGUACAAAAGAGGAUAAGGGCCACAAGAAGAGAAAAAAAUAAUUACAGGAGGGAGAUGUUUUUUAAUUUCCAUUUCGAGAUUAAAGUCAAAAUUCAAGAUUAAAGUCAAAAUUUAAAAAGUCCUCGCAGAUUGAUUGUUUAUUUCGUAUGAAUGACAAAACAUAUACAUACGAAAAGGAUAGGUAAGAAGCCAAGGCUUAUAAGGAACCUACCCACUUGCCACUGUGACGCUUACAAAUGAAAAAAUCAAAGUUUUAAGAUUAGAGUCGAAAUUUCAAGAUGAAAAAAAUCAGAAUUACGUGAAUAAAGUUGAAAUUCUGACUUUAAUCUUACAAUUUUUCUAUGUAAUUUCAAAAUUUCUACUUUAAUCUCAAAAUUUUAAAUUAUAAUCUCUAAAUUUCAACUUUAUUGACAUAAUUUUGAUUUUUUUAAUCUCGAAAUCUCGACUUUAACCUUGAAAUUUCCACUUACAUCUCCUUACUGUAAUUAUUUUUUUUCUUUUCAUAUGGCCUUAAUCCUCUUUUAUAUACAAAAGAGAGCAGAGACAAGCAUUUCCAAAAAGAUGUAUGAUCUUGUGUCAAAUUGUUUUUAACUCAGAUGUUGUGGAAUUUAGUCAAAGCCAAAGUCACUAUAACCGUUUAGUUUCUUUAUGAAGAAAGUGUGAAAAAUUAACAGUAAAAAGUGAUCACAAAAAUGAUUCUACUCUGAUGUUUUGAAUUUAUAUGCAAACAGAGACCGUUUAGUCUCACGGCUUUGUCUGAAGUGUUUUCUUCUGUAAUCUUGUUCCCCCUUCAGGUUCAGCAUCGAGCAGGGCUGGCAGCUGAUGUGGCUCUGCUGUGGGCUGUUUCCUCCCAGCCAGUCUCUUCUCAGACACACUCAGCGAUUUUUGGAGUCCCGUCGCAGAGAGCCCCUCGCCUCUGACUGUCUGCAGCGUCUGCAGAGCUCACUGAGGUUAACCCAACACACAGUUUCAUACAUCUCCAGCAAGUUUUCUCAAGUUUCAAACCAGGGUGAAAUGGAAAGUGAGACAACAUUCAUUUGAAGUCAGAUUAAGUACACAUUGCACAUACACAUAACAAGUUGUGAGGACUGUUUAUGCAGAGAUUCAGUUCUUUAUUUUGCCAAGACAGUCACAAGUUGUCAGUGGCAAAAACAAGAACUUUUAUUGGAUAUAUUUGAUUUAGCAUUUUUGCUUCCAGGUAUUUCUUUAUCACCUGGUUUUGCAGCUCCAAACUUUUAUGUAACUUAAAGUCAUAUACACCAAAAAAUGCAAAAAAUGUAGGGAAAGUUUAACAACUCUGGGAUGACCUGUACCAGUCUGAUCGUACCUGCAGCGGUGCUCUUUCUGUCAGCAGAACUCUAUACAAAUAUGCUGCACCACCUGAACAGUGACUCGACUACACUUUGCAUUAGCAUGGCCUUCUCUGUGAAUAGAUUUUGUUAAAAUUUAGAUGAACACAGUGAUAGGGGGCAUUAUUUAUAUCUUUACUGGUUCUGAAAUACUCUCACUCUUAUGUUUCUACCUCAUACAUGUUACCUUCGGUGCUCUUGCUGUAGAUGUGACAAAAUUAACACUGCACCUCUCAACUAACUCAGUCUGUUACAGGAAAUAUUUUACCUGUAUUUUAAGAGACAAAGUAGUGAGGAAAUACGUUGGAUUUUACAGUUUCGUCUUGUUAUCGUCUUGUUAAUGAAAACUUCACCUGUAUUUGCCUGAGGCUUUGUGUUCAGUGAUGUAUUCCAGCUCGUCAUCAUCUCAUUAACAUUGAAAUUACCUCUACUAAGGACUAAAGAGUCAUACUCUGUGCAUAUUUACACCAAUUUGAAAUUUACUGAGACACAGGUUGUGAUGGGCAACAUUAAACCACUACGUAUAGACACUUUUUGUAAGAUAACUAACGCCAACAAACCAGAGUUCAAAAGUUUUGUCAUGGCAACAUUUCAGCUUAUAAUUUUAGCAACACAUUAGCAACACAUUAGCACAUAACUCUGCAUCCUUCAGGAAGUUGUUUUGAGCCAAGAAAAGCUGUAUUAGAAAAGAUGUGUAUUUGCUUUCACAACAAAUGCACACGUUGACAAGAGUCACAUCUUCAUGCUCAUGGGAAAUUCAGUCUUCAUCAUGAAAAACAUGAUUGAUUUCACUUAAAGGGGUCGUCAGAGUCAACAUGAAAAUUUCCCACAGUGCCUUCGUGUUACUUUCUGACCUUCAUUAGAUGAGGAUUUUGGUCUUACCAGCACUAAAUAUUUGACUUAUGUCAAAAUAAAUGAUGUAUUUUCUCUCCAUGUGUAGGCUGGAGCCAAGGAAGCUGCCACCACAUCAAGUGGAGGUAGACGCCAUCCAACAGAACAGCACCAAGAUCUUCCACAAAAUCCACUUCCCCAAUGACUCAGAUGAGGUAUGAACACUGAGAACUUUUCUUUCAAGUUAUUCAAACCAUCUUCACAUUGUUCUAUUUACCUUAUGAUUCCUCCACACUCUCAGAUUUUUGAGGUCGCAACAAGCACCAGGAUCAGGGAUCUUAUCCAAAACAUCAGCAAACAGCUUGGGCUGGCCUCAGCAGACGGAUUCAGCAUUUUUGUCAAAACACAUGACACGGUUUGUAUUGUUGAUGUAAUUUUCAAGAUGUUUUUAGGCGCAUAUCUUUUAUCAUACUUGAGCUGUAGCCUAUCUGUUAUCAGAACCAAAUUACAAAAUUACAACAUGAAAAACACACACAAGAAAAAUAACAAACACACUCUCAGAUUCAUGUUUUCAGUUGUCUUUCAUGCCCUCGUCUGACUUUGUUGUCUGUGUUUCUGCUUAUUUCAGAUUCUCAGCUUGAACGACACAGACUACUUCUUCGACAGUCUCAGACAUAUCACAGACUGGUCUAAAAAAUCCAAGAGGAUCAAAGACGGUAAAAUCAACCUCCAUCUGAAGCGCUUAUCUUUUCACUGAUGUGUCUGUAUUUUAUGAAAACCCUGCUCACAGUGUGUGUUUUUGCUUUGUGUAGGCGGGCCUGUCAACAUACCCUACCUUGUGUUCUUCAUGAGGAAGUUGUGGUUCAAUGUGGUUCCUGGCAGAGAUGUGGAGGCCGAUCUUAUCUUCCAUUUCCCUCAGGUGAAUUUGAAUGAUGCAGCCUGGCUACCUUCACAAGUUAAUGCUAAGAGGUUUUUCCUCAUAAUCGGACUGUACACAGUACACAUACAGUAACAUGAGACAUAAGCAGUUUAAUAAACAGCAGGUAGUAGUGCAUUUAUUUUUGUUUUCAGUCCGUUUGUAGAGCUUAAUUUGAAUUUGCUUUCUCUAUGUUUCUAACUGGACUGUGAACAGUAAAGCUCACAGACCUUGAGCCAAGUUUAGGGUUGGCUGUGAUAUUGUAAAUUUAAAUAAUGAAUGCUGAUAACAAAGACAAUACUAGGUUUAUGCAUGGUGAACAGGUAAGGCUAAUCAAAAGAAAAAAACAACAGGGAGAGAGGGGAACAACAGGCAAACAAAGGGAAUUCACAGACUGAGGGGGGUAAAUGAUCCAGGGGGGCCAUAGUCCAAAACCUGGUUUAAAAGGCAACAUCAGAAAUGCUGAGUCUCCUUAUGCAAGGGGUGACAGUUCCUUGAGACAACUUGAAAAGAAAGAUUUCUCUACCAAAGUCCAGGAUGGAGGCUGUUUACUGCUUACAACUGCACAUAUAAAGAAGUUAACCAUAUUUUCCAGAGGCAUAUGUUGUCAUAAGAUAAUUCUUUGUGGAUCCAGAGAUAAGUUUUACAUGAGUGGCAAUCUCUGGUCUCAAGUGUUAAAAAUUGAAGUUCUUAGAGUGUCCACUGGAGGCUGGCUGCAAAAGCCCCAGGAGUCAUAUAUACACCCAUUCUUUUGCAGUGUUGACUUAAAGUUAGGUUGAGUCAACAUUUCUAUUUUGGGGGCCUAGCUUCAAAACUUUGGAUAAUAAACAAACAAUUACAAAAAGGCACCAGUGAUACCAAUCAAUGAGUUGCAUCACAGACUACCUCCAUGUUUUAUACACCCCAUGGUUUCACUCCAAUGUUUACACUUUUAUUAAGACUGGCAGAAGGAUUACAGAUAAAGAGGUUUUCCCUCUGAUGCACAGUUCAGUUGGUGGUGAAUUAAAGGUUAAACUUGCACCUUGGUUUUCUGUCUGAAAAUAUUUCUCUGUCUUUUAGGAGCUGCCUAAGUACCUGAGAGGAUACCAUGUGAGCACCAGAGAGGAAAUCGUCAACAUUGCAGCUCUGCUCUUCAGAAUAAAAGCCAACAACGACAAAACUCAGUUGGUCACAAUUCCAAAGAUGCUGAAAGAGCUGGUGCCUGCUGACCAGCUGAAGGCCAUGUCUGAGAAUGAGUGGAAGAAGGUAUGAGGGUUAUUUUAUCUCAUUUAUACAGUUUUUCAUUUGAAAGGUAAGGUUAGCAUGAAACUUCUGUCUUACUGUCAGCAUGUCUCAUAAAAAGACAUGAACUAGAAUCAUUAUUGACUCCUCAUUCAUUACUUUCCAAUGUCUUCAUCCUUAAUUUUAUCUCUGUAUUCAUGAGAACUCCUGCUGUCAGUGUUUUGAAGGGGGUGUUUGCAUGUCCAAUAUUGUAGGUGCGUAGGAUGUGAAACUGUAAAAGAGAAGAAUCUUGCACUCUGCCCUUGCACAGAAUCAGCACUUAUGAAAAAUAACACAACCUUUGGGUCUCUCUGGACUUUUUUCAAGUGUGCUUUGAAGUAUUACAACAUCCUUGAAAAAGGUCCAGAGGGACCCAACAGUGCAUAUUUUUUCUAAUGAAGAGCGAUGUUCAGUGAGAGCAGGGAGCAAGACUUUCUCUCCUGUAGUCAUAAACCUUUACAGAUUUGUCAGUGACAUACUAUUUAGCCCAUAUUAUUUACAGAAUUCUAACAUUUGCAAGCUAACACAGUAAUAAUGUUAGUAAAAGGUUUUAAAUUGAUGCAGGUAUCUUCAAAACGGCUGUGGUAGUGUUUAGCAACAUGAACCAAACUGGAGUGAAACCUCCGCUUGUUGUGACUAUUUUCUGCUGUGGAUUGAUACAUAGAUGAUGCUCACAUGAGUAUAAAUGGCAGCAGGUUGUUGUAAGAGGAAUUUACUCAAAAUAAACCAGUGAAAAGGAAACAAAACAAUGCUGCACAGUCCAACAGUCUGGCUCAUUGGUGUGGUUUUGGAUAACAGUGGAGCUCUGUGGCAUAUGGAGUCAUCAGGAUUUUUGUGUUUGUUUUGAUCUUUCGAUGAGCGUCCUGACAAUAAUAAACAUAAAGAAGAAGAGUCAGCCUUAUCCUUUACAUCUUCAGAUGAACAAAGCCACCAUUGUACCUCUGUGAUCUCCAUCUCUGAUCCCUGAGACUGUUGCCUGAAGGCUGUGGGGGUGUUGAAAAUCAUUAACCUCAUUAGGCAGUGCAAAUUCUCCCGUAAGACUUUUGCAUCAUCCUUUGAUGUAUAUGUUUUUUUUUCAUUUCAGACCAUUGUCGCUGCUCAUAACAAACAACCCGGUAUGACUGUGGAUGAAGCAAAGGUGGCCUUUUUGAAGACGGUGUGCCGCUGGCCGACGUUUGGCUGUGCAUUCUUUGAAGUGAAGGUAAGAGCUGCAGCAAAUACAACUACAACAGUGCUUUAGCUCCCUAUCUGAAGUCCAUAUUGUUAGUCUGGAGGCUAAUUUAUCUUAUUUGUCUGAUGCCCUUCCCUUAUGACUUAGACCUUCCUACCUCUCUGUACAAAGCUGCAUUAAAUGCUUUUUAUAGAAAUCAACAAUUUGCUUUAUAUCUUUCUUUUCAGCAAACAUCUGAAGAAAAUUUCCCAGAUAUUGUUAGGAUAGCCAUCAGCAAGCAGGGACUCACCAUCAUCAACCCUAAAACCAAGGUGAAGAAAUCUGAAAUCUUUAUUUUAUGGGAAUUCCUGUACCUUAAAACAGGACGAUAUAUUAUUUUGAUGUCAUUGGGGAGUUUCUGUUGUGUAUUGCAUCAAAGUGGGCUGAUAAUGCUGCACCUUUAGUGUCAACUCAUGAAACCUGAUGUGGUUAUAGUUCACAUUUAAUUUUUCAGACACUGGGGUCUCUUUCUGCUCCCUGCUGCUGCUUUGAUAGAAAAUUACAAAACCGAAAAUGCACAUUUCUGUGAAACGGAAUUGAAAUAUCUCCAAAGUACCUUUAGGGUGAGCAGCUGCCUAAUCAGACUGAUGUCAGCUGCAACACAGGAGCUAGCAAUGCCAUUUUGUGGUGUGCAAGUCACCAAAGAUGAAACUAAAUGAAAAAUUUGCUGGCUGAAUAGUUGAUGACCGACUUCAGGCCAGUCAAGCAUGGUGCUGCAUGUCUGUAAAUUUGCCUCCAUUCAAAACAACUCUCUAGCUUCUCCAGUCUCACUCAUGUUCUGUGAGGUAAUACUUUUCUGGUGGCUUUUUGUUUCUUAGUCUUAAACCUCUUUAACGAUCCUUCCUGUUAAAUUAGCUGCUUGCUUGUUGCAAGUCUGCAGUAAUACCGUGAUGAAGCUUGUCUAUCAUGGCUUUGUUCUUACACAUUCACUGCACAAAGGUAUAAUGUCAAAGUCCCAAUGCAAUCUGAACCUGUCAGAGGAAAAAAACUUGAGCCUUUAGUGGACAUAUGUUGAUCUGACAAGGCUUAUGUUGCAGCCAUUAGAGCCCUUAUGUGAUGGGAUCAGGAGGUGCAGUCUCAAAAGUUUUUGUAUCUUUAUUUAAACAAUGUAGCCAGAGUAAAAAGAUACCAAACUGACCCGAAAUAGUAUCUCCUUUAACAAUUUUUUUUAUUUUUCUACCAUUCACAAUGACUUUCUCCUGUGAAGGAUGUGCUGGCAAAUCACCCUUUCAACCGCAUUGCCAACUGGUGCAGCGGAAGCACCUACUUCCACAUGACUGUGGGCAAUUUAGUCAAGGGGGGCAAAUUCCUGUGUGAAACCUCACUGGUAAGAUCCACUUAUAGGUCUAUGUACCUUGAAAGAUAAAUCAUCACUUAAUUAUAGUCUUGGAUUUCUAGUCUUCACCUAUGUGUUUUUCUUUUCUACAGGGUUACAAGAUGGACGAUCUCAUAACCUCCUAUGUCAACCUGUACAACAGAGAGAGGAGGGCCGUACGAGCCAGGAACCAGCGCUUCGACUACUAAUCUGUAGAGCCAGGAGUGUGACAUAACUUCUGCUUAUUACUGCCAAUUUAAACAGACACACUCAGAUGAAUAUUUGUGUUUUUGAAAGUGCAUUCUACAUUAUUUUAGAUCUCUGAAAAAAACAAGGUUGAUUUAUUGAAUUAAAUUCAGCUGUAGAUUUCUCUCAUUUUAUUUAAAG